CCCUUUGGAUUUUAUCUAUUCCACUUCAUCUAUCUCACAAGAGAGGUUGUUAGGUUUGUUAUCUCUAUGGCUCUUAACGUGAGCAAAGUUAUUCCCAGUAGUCCCAUUUUAGCGAAGAGGGCUAAAGGUUCAAGAUCUCAAAGGGUCUUGCUAGCUUUCUCACCCAAAAGGGGCUCCUCUGCUGAAGAGUUACAAGGUCUUGCUUGUACAAAGCCUGUCACUUUUGUUACUUCUCGUAGAUCUUCUACUUUGUGUUUUCUUGGAAAGUCUCAAGACACUGAAACUAAACCUCACGAGGAUUGUCUGGAUUCCCCUAAUGAGAAGAAAGUGAAGCCUAGGAGAACAAGCAGCUCAAGACAGGUUUUGGUGGAGUAUGUGUCUAAUGAUGCUAAGUUUGUGAACGAAAGGGCUCGUAGUGACUUUGUUCUUCUAUCUCGUGGCAUUAUGAGACUAGACGCUCGUGCACGACAGGACGUUGCAAUUCUUGGUUCAGGGUUCCUUAAACUUGAUGCUCGGGCAAGAGAAGAUACAGAGAAAAUAGAUCGUAAUGUCAAGAGAAAGGCGGAACGCCUUCAUCAUAUAGCUAGUAUAUUACAGAACAUAGCUCAGUCUAAGUUGAAGAAUGCAGCUGAUAAGCAUUGGAGUGACGGUGCCUUAGUGGCUGAUUUAAGGCGAGCAGAUUAUCGUGCUAAGCAAAGGGCAAUGGAGGAUGCAUUAAUGGCUUUAGAGUUCAUCAAGAACAUUCAUGAUAUGAUGGUGCAGAAAAUGCUUGACAGCUUGGUUGCGUCUGAAACUGGUAACACGGACCGCAUAUCACUUGAGAAGAAUGGCAAAGCUCUAGAUUUUUUCCCAGGGGAAGUUUCAUCUGAUCGCAUAUCUGCUAUUGAGGAAGCUUACAAGAGUAUGGCAUCAGCGCUCUCGGAAGCCGAUGGAAUUGACUACACUGACCCUGAAGAGCUUGAGUUGUUAGUAACAACUCUGAUAGACCUUGAUGCAAUGGAUGGUAAGAGUAGUGCAUCUUUAUUAGCUGAAUGCUCUAUCUCUCCAGACGUCAAUACAAGAAAAGCGUUGGCUAACGCCUUAGCAGCUGCACCGUCCAUGUGGACAUUGGGGAAUGCAGGCAUGGGAGCGUUACAGAGGCUUGCGGAAGACAGUAACCCUGCGAUUGCAGCAGCUGCUUCUAGAGCGAUCAUCGCGCUGAAGAAGCAGUGGGAAGUAGAAGAAGGUGACUCACUAAGGUUUAUGAUGAACAUGGAGGAAUUGAAUGAUGAGGAUGACGACGGCGACAAUGACCAUGAAGAUAUCUGAACUUUCUCAUGUAAAAAGAAUAUCAAAUGUGUAGAUAAUUUAGAGUUAUUGAUAAUUUAGUUGACAGAAAACAAUUGCUAUGAAAUAUAAAACUAUGGAUAGGUAAAAACACGUAAGGAGGGCUCUGGAUCUGGAUAGUGAAUCAUGUCUUGAUUCUUGAACUUUGUUAUGAAUUAUUCAUAGUAAUUAUUUUAAACUUUG